AAUUUUUUAACCAAUACUUACUUUAAUAUCUAAAAUUUUAUAAAAAAAGAUAUGGGUCUCAAAGAGGCUAAUAUCUAUUUGGAUAAUCAAUGGAAUACAUAUUAUGCAGGACAAACAGUGAAUGGAAGGAUCGAAUAUGUUUUUGAUAGUCCAAAAAAAGUUCGAGGCAUACAUGUUAAAAUUAAGGGUGAAGCUCAUACCGAAUGGUAUGAAAGCAAACAGGAGGAAAAUGCUCAAGGCAAAACAGAAUCAACUGAUACUAUGCAUACAGGAAAUGAAGAAUAUUUCCAGAUUUCUUACUAUUUACUGGGAAGUAAUACAGGGAAUGAAAUUGAAAUACCACAAGGGAAACACAUAUAUAAUUUUACCUGCACAUUGCCACCUGUCCUGCCUUCAUCUUUUGAAGGGGAACAUGGUUAUGUCAGAUACACUGUCAAAGUAACAUUAGACAGACCAUGGAAAUUUGAUCAGGAAACCAAGAUGGCAUUUACAGUAAUAAAUGCAUUGGAUUUGAAUCUCAAUCCAUCUUACAAGGAACCAAUCCACAUUCAAUUAGAAAAGACGUUCUGCUGUUUUUGCUGCGCAUCACCACCUUUAGCAGUGGAUGUGCAGGCUCCUGUAUCUGGUUACUGUCCAGGUCAAGUAAUACCUUUGAAAAUAGACAUUGAAAAUAAGAGCAAUGUCCAACUUCAUCUUGUAAAAAUAUUUUUGAGGAAGGUGGUAACGUAUCGGGCCACAUCUCCUUCGUCGGCGACAAAGAAGAUUAAAGACGUUAUUUUGACACUGCAAGAGGGUCCUGCUCCAGCCGGUACUACAAAACACUGGAAUCUGAACAUAGAGAUACCCCCGAUUCCACCUUCGAAUCUCGUCAACUGUAAUAUUAUAGAUCUGGAUUAUGACUUGAAGGUCGAAUGUGUAGUGUCAGGUAUGCAUUUGAACAUGCACGACAAGAAGUAUAUAACAAUCGGUACCGUACCGCUGGUAGGUAUGGCCGGACAGCCCGUGCCCACUGCCCCCGUCCCGGACUCGCCCAGCCAGCCCGCCAUACUGCCCGUGACUCCCGGACAACCUGCUAAUAUACCCGCAACUUCUGGCGAUUCCGCUCCAGGAGGAUGGGUGCUACCGGGACAACAACCGUCUCAACCUCCAUUCCAAUCACUAUAUCCUACGCUUACUGAACCAGUUUACAAAGAAUCUCCGUAUUCAGUACGAACCAUUCAGGACAGGGGCGACAGUAACCACACUAUGAUACGCACGCCAAACUUCGCUCCGUAUUAUCCUACGUAUGCAGCUAUUCAACCACCCCCGCUUCCUCAGUAAGAGCCUCGGAGCCUCCAGCAAGCAAAUCAUCUCAAGCAGAAUUGUAAAAUCAGUAUUUCGUAUUGUUUAAGCGAAAAGUUUAGAAAGUAUUAUUUUUUGGUAGAGUAUUUUGCACGAAUCUCAAAGUUUGCAAAAUUUUGUGAUAUUUUUGGUUGCUAAUCGUUGUUCGUGUUUGAGAUUCAGAAUUUUACCCAUUUUAAAAAAAAAAAGAAAAUAAACUAAACUAGUGAUAAUUUAGAUCAGACAUGAAAUUCUUCCUUGUCAUUCUCAUUGCUUUUUUUAAAUUUAGACACUUAAGAUAUGUACAGGCAAGAGAUACUUUACUGUAACUUGGCGAUCAGAAAGUUUGACCGAUGUGGCGAUAAUAGAAAAUGAACGAAUUGUCUUCCUAAUUGAAAAACCUUCAGGAGUACUAUACCUCGUGUUUUGAUACCCACUUUAUCUCAUGUGGGCCGUGUUAUUAUCUACUCAACUACUGCAUAUAAAAUCUAUGUAUUAUCGGCCGUAGAUAACACUAUUUAUAUUUUUGUUCAUUAAAAAAAUAGUGCAUAAAACGUGGCAAAAAAUGGAGUCUCGUAAUAAUAUAUUUAUUUCUCUACGAAGAUCUGCGUUUUGACUACGAAAUUAUGUGAAGCACAUUUAGGUUGUGAUUGUAACGUUUUAUACCAUAUGAAGAUAUUAGAUAUCCAGGAAUUGUCUUGACUACUGCUAUAUGCUCAAAUAAAAUAUAUUGCAUUUAACAUCUGAUACUUGAAAGGUUUCAAACAGAUCAUAUAAAGACAAAUGAAUAUUCUUAGUAUUUAUAGUUAACAUACGGUUGCGUCUGUAGACUGUAAGCUAUAUUGAGCGGGGAACUAAUGAACUGAAAAAUAGUGACGCAUUGAUUUUACAAUUAAAUUUUCUUUUCAU